GGUAUUACAUACCUACUACCAAUGUAGAUGUGAUGUGACGGUCUGGCUGAGAUACGGGGUGGCUACUACGGCGCUAUGCGCGAGAACGCUGCAGGACGGUGCGCUAAAUGAGCUAACUGUAUAGGUAGUCGGCGCCGUUCAAGACCAUCCCAGUUAGCUGCAUGUCUGUAUCAAAAUAGUGAUCGUAGAAGUCGCACGCAGACCAAGUCCUUCAGAUGUCCAUUGUUCGUAAUGCCUUAUUUCCAGACUACACAAAAACAUUCUCUGUGAUAUUUACAGAAAGUCGAAUAUUCUUAGAGACGAAAUAGGAGCUACCAAUUGGUAAUAGUUUUAGCAGCAGCUACGAUUAACUUUCUUCCGUUCUCCUUUUGCUAUGCUAUAGGUAGUUGAAGCCAACAUUCCCAGACCCACUAGUACUCUCAGUACAAGGCUCAAAAUAUGUAAAGAACCAGAGCUUCAUGAAAGCGGAAAAGAUCUAAAGUCGAUAUUCAGAACUAUCUGCUUGAUGUGAUAAAUCUCAUGUGGCAAUAUCAUAUGCAGAAAUCCCCAAAUAAACCCGGCAUAUGCAUAACUAGGCACUUACUGGAGGCAUAAGCCGACCACUAAGAAGGAUGAUCUCACUCACCUAGACUCAUGAAUGAGUGCCUAUUUAUAACGGAUGUUUCAAAGACAGACAAUAACUCAAAUCAAAAGAUACCUUCAUAUCUCGUCUCGUCCAUUAGUCAUGAGUCAGAUAUCCCGAAAAGGGUUCAGGCCGGAUCAUCCGACUCCGCAGCCGUAUUAUACAUACGACAACAUAAAACAAGCAUGGGAGCAAGCGGAUAUCAACCCGUCGAGUGAGACACAUGGCGGAAAGGGAAUUACGAGACUCUCCCUAUUUAGCUGGAAUAUAGAUUUCCGCAUACCCUUCGCCAAAGAACGUAUGAAUACCGCCUUAGACCACCUAGAAAGUCUAACGGAGAAACAGCCGUCAACGACGACCUCAGUCAUAUACCUGCAAGAAUGCAUCGCGCAAGAUCUCAGGACAAUCGGGGAGAAACCGUGGGUCAGGGAGAAGUUCUACCUCACGGAUAUCAACACUUCGAACUGGGCAGACGACUACGGCACCGUCACGCUGGUGGACCGUCGUCUGCGUAUCACGUCGUGCUUCCGCGUGCACUACGAGAAGACGCGCAUGGGGCGCGACGCCUUCUUCGUUGAUGUCUUGCUGGACGGAAGUAGUAGUAGUAGCGGCCGGGCCAAAACUAUCCGGCUAUGCAACUCGCAUCUCGAUUCCCUUGAUUUCGAGCCCCCUUUCCGGCCGGCUCAGGUGCAGAUCAUGGCAAAGUACAUGCACGAGGAUGGCGUGGACGGCGCGCUGGCGGCGGGCGAUUUCAACGCCAUACAACCGUUCGAUAGGACGCUUCACUCGGACAACGGUCUCAAAGAUGCGUAUCUCGAGUCAGGUGGUAUGGAGGACGGCGACGACGCAUAUACUUGGGGACAGCAAGCGUCGACCGAGGAGAGGGACAAGUACGGGUUGUCGAGGAUGGAUAAGGUUUACUUCACAGGAGAUCUUAAACUGCACAAUUUUGAAAGAUUUGGCAUGGAUGUCCAACUUGAUGAAAAGAUACUAGAGGCGGAGUGUGAAUAUCUCGUGUCGUCUUACGGGUAUGAAAAGCCUUGGAUAACGGAUCAUUUAGGAGUGAUGGCUGAGAUGGAAGUUGUUGAUUAAACCCGAUCUUUCUAGGUUUUCAUUUUAUUUUUUCAUAUGAAGCUUAAGGACGAUAACUUGUUAAAUGAAAGGAUACUGGGGUUUGGAUGGUAUACGAAGUAGCACUACUUCCCUAACUCGUAUAUAUAAGCGUUAUAAGCUAUAACAGCAGCCCAAGUCAUAGUAGUAUAAAGCAUCUAUUGACAUGAUUAAAACUUGCGUAUAGUAGAACAGGGGCAAUAUCACGAAUACAGACGUUUAUAUGAAGCCC